AACUUCAAUAAAGGUUAGGGUUUUAUGAGCGGCUCUCUCUUCUCUUCUCAUCUGCAACCUCUCAAACCCUAGUCUGAAGUUUGAGCUUCUUUUCACUCAGCAAACAUGGGGAAGACACGAGGUAUGGGAGCUGGACGCAAGCUGAAGUCCCACCGUAGAAGACAAAGAUGGGCUGACAAGUCCUACAAGAAGUCCCAUCUUGGUAAUGAAUGGAAGAAGCCAUUUGCUGGCUCAUCCCACGCUAAAGGCAUUGUGCUUGAGAAGAUAGGUAUUGAGGCUAAGCAGCCCAACUCUGCUAUUCGUAAAUGUGCUAGGGUUCAAUUGAUCAAAAAUGGAAAGAAGAUUGCUGCAUUUGUUCCUAAUGAUGGUUGUUUGAACUACAUUGAAGAAAAUGAUGAGGUAUUGAUUGCUGGAUUUGGUCGAAAGGGUCAUGCCGUGGGAGAUAUUCCUGGUGUCAGGUUCAAGGUGGUGAAGGUAUCUGGUGUUUCUCUCUUGGCUCUC